CAUAAAGAUGACGCAGUCAAUGGAUAAUGCUGAGGAGGUGGUGAAGACGAAAAGGAGUAAGACGUUGAUCGUACGGCACCUUCCUGCAGAGCUGACCCGGGACGAGAAGGAAGAUCUCUUGAAAUAUUUUGGAGCGGUUUCAGUGAGGGUCUUCUCAGAUAAAGGAGUACUGAAACACACAGCUUUCGCAAGUUUUGCAAAUGAGAAGGCAGCAACCAAGGCCCUGACUAGACUCCACCAGCUGAACAUUUUGAGUCACUCACUAGUUGUUGAGUUUGCCAAGGACCAAGAAAAUGUGACAGUACUGAAGGAUCCCCCUGUUCCAAACAGUUCAACUGAAGAUAAAGGUGUACCGGUUAAAAAAGAGGGAAAACAACAACAAUGUGUUCCAUUAAUAGAAAAUGGAGCUGCCCCAAACCUUGGGUUAAAAUUUCAAACAAAUCCCAGUUUGAAAUAUUUAUACCCACAUCCAUCAAGUGGAAUUUUGGCAAACAUUACACACGCCCUCGUGAGUGUACCAAAGUUUUAUGUUCAAGUCCUUCACCUGAUGAACAAAAUGAACCUCCCUUGCCCGUUCGGUCCCAUCACAGCCAGACCGCCCAUGUAUGAGACGUUUCCCACUCCGCCUCCCCCCAUGCCCCCUUUACCCCCGGAGUACCCCCCUUUGCCCGAAGAAGAGAUGGAGUUUUCUAGCGAGGAAGAGUCUGAAUAUGAAAGCGGAGAUGACGAGGAUAAAGAGAGGAUGAUUAGACUAAUGGGGUUGGUGAACCAGCCAUGCAAAAGGCCCCUGAGGAAGACAAAGCCCUCUGCAAGAAAAAAGCCCAAGUUGAAGGACCUCCUUUUUGCUCCAAAAUCAGAUUCGCAUAGUGGAUCCGUUGCUCCUCUGCAGCCUUCCGAUGUUUUUGAGCAACCGCAGCCGUGCGGGCAGAAGAAAAUCGAGUUCCACAUCUCAACCGAGGUGGCAGGAGUUCUGCAGGGGGCCACUCAAAUGCAGGAGGAAGAGACUGACGAGACCGUCGAUAAUGCUGAGAACGAUACUGCAGAUGAACCAGCAGAUGGCUUUGGGAAGCUGUAUCCUUCAGCCCAGGUUACCCAACAGGAAGAAGACAGCAGUGAAGAUGAGGACAUCCCCUCAGACUUCAUCUCCAGGAGAGAGCUAGAGAAGGGACGGCUUUCACGAGAUGAGAUUAAAAGGAUGUCAGUGUUCAAAAAUUACGAACCUGGAGAUCCAACGUGCAGGCUGUACGUAAAGAACAUUGGAAAGCAAGUUGAAGAAAAAGACCUGAAAUAUAUUUAUGGAAGGUACAUCGACAUUUCCUCGGAGGCAGAGAGAAAUAUGUUUGACAUUGUUUUAAUGAAAGAGGGCCGAAUGAAAGGACAAGCCUUCAUUGGACUCCCAAGUGAGAAAAGCGCAGAAAAGGCUCUGAGGGACACCAAUGGAUACGUGCUCUAUGACAAACCGCUUGUUGUGCAAUUUGCCAGGUCAGCAAGACCGAAACAAGACUCCAGCGAUCCAAAGAAAGGGCAGAAAAGACAAUAAACAGAUGUUGAAGUUACAGCCUUAUGUUGUGGCCGAAGUGCAAAGUGUGUAUCCUUCUGAUUCUGGCAUAUCCUUUCCAGACUGCAGUUUAUUGUCUCUGUUGCUUUUUUGACCCUGAAGAUGAAGCAUUGCUAAUUGAAGACCCCGGUGCUUUCAGAAAGCCACAAAGUUAAGCUUGAGAGAAAACCUUGAAUUGAAGGGUCUUUUGGAACAAUGAGUGGAGUCUGCUGCCAAAGCAUAGUUGCUUAAGUUGAAUUAUUUAGUGGUCGGUUCAUAAACAACAAAGAAAAUCUGGGUGUGUUGUUCAGAACAUAAUGAUGAAUUUAAUUUUUAAUAUGUGAUUUCUUAUUUAUUUUAUAGUCACUUGAACUGCACGUUCAGUGUUUUUCUUGUUAUUACAGAUGCUCAUAGUAGCACCUGCAUGGAUAAAAUAUACAUGCCACAAAGUACUUAUUCAUGUAAAGUAUCUUUUUUUUUUUGCCCUAGCAGUGCACAUUGCUGUAAAAAUAUAAGUGGGCCUAGUUUAAUUAAAUGACUUGUGUUGCCCAGUUUGACACUGUCUACUCCUUUGUCCAGCCAGAUGAAUUCUCCUCUACCUUGAAGACACCUUAAAGGAUUUCUUCCAUUCCCUCUUUUUAAAUAAAACUGA